CUUCAUGCCUCAUUCUUCAAAACCCAAUAAGUCAUGUCAGAAUCACCAAUCCAGUUACCAACGACUGUGCAGGAACUCAAUGAGAUUACUGUCCGUGCUCAAGAUAUUCUUCGUUCCAGUGGAGAGAAUCUUGUCGGUAUUCCUCCUGCUGAGCGUACGAUCCAGAAUACAUUAUUGAAGUUGCAGGAGGAUCAGAGUCAUGCUGCGGCUUUACAGACUCUAUGCACCUUCCCAGCCAUGGUUCAUCUUGACAAAGAUGUCCGUGAAGCUGCGACAGAAGCCAAAAAGUCUUUACAGAAGGCGUGGUCCGCGCUUUUUUCGAGAAGGGACUUGUAUGCAAUUUUACGCCAAUUGGAACAAGACUCUGCUACCGUAGCAAAGCUGAAUGCCGAGCCAGAGACCAAGCGUCUCCUCGGACAUACUCUCCGCCUAUUUGAGCGACAUGGUGCCGGACUUUCAGAAUCGGACCAGCAAAAACUUAUUCAGGUUCGAUCAGAAAUCAGCUCUCUUGAGCUCGAUUUCCAAAAGGCCUUGAAUGAGGAUACAACUGAUAUCUUACUCACUGCAGAUGAGCUGGAGGGGUGCACUGAAGCAUGGAAGUCAGGUUUAGCCAGAAUGGAAAAAGAUGGCAGAAAUUACUACAGAGUGACGAUGAAGACGCCUGAUAUCCUCAACGUGAGCAGGAAUGCAUCCUUACCAGAGACGCGUAAACGCGUAGCUGUUACAUAUCGUCAAGUGUGUGUCACGACUAAUAGUCCCAUCUUGGACCGUCUUAUCCAAUUGCGCCACGAGGCCGCUAUUUUACUUGGAUACAAGAGUCAUGCACAUUAUCAAUUGGAUAUCAACAUGGCAAAACAGCCGGAGACUGUAGAUGAAUUUUUGAACGAUAUCAUGAGUUCAAUCUCUGACAAACUGGAAGAUGAUAAAAAAGAAUUGCUUGAAUUGAAGCGCCAGGAGUAUGAAACGCGAGGUUGGAGCAACCAAUUCGACGGGAUCCUGCAUUCUUGGGAUGUCAAGUAUUAUCAAGAGAUCCUAUUCAAGAAAAAGUAUGCAGUUGACAAUUCGUUGAUCCAGGAGUAUUUUGAGCUCGAACACGUGCGAGACCAAAUUAUGGGAGUUUAUUCCAAGAUCUUCCAAUUGCGAUUUGAACAGAUUCCAGGCAAGUAUUGGGCUGAUGACGUGACCUUGUUUGCUGUUUAUGAUCAGAAAGCACAAGAUGAGGCUGGAGAAGAUGCCAAAAGGGAUCCUUCUGCGUUCAAAAUUGGAUAUUUUUAUCUCGACCUUUUUCCAAGACCCGGGAAAUAUUCUCACCAGUGUGUUGUACCACUGCGUCCAAGCUUUGUUGUGUCUCAAACUGGAGAACGCCUGUUACCAGUUGCUGUCAAUGUCGGUAAUCUCUCUCGCCCGACCGCUGAUCGUCCGGCGCUACUCAAGCAUAGUGAGGCAAACACGUUCUUUCAUGAGUUUGGCCACGUCUGCCAUGCCAUGUCCAGUAAAGCCCGUUAUUCGAUAUUCAAUUUCUCUUGGUCUGUUGUCCCGUACCCCACGUCGCUAGCAAUGGAUUUCCUUGAGGUGCCUAGCAUCAUGCUGGAGAAUUGGCUUUGGGAGCCAACGGUUCUUAAACGUCUCGGUAGACAUUACAAGUCAGGCGACAACUUGCCAGAUGAGCUGAUCAAAUCUCUUGUCAAAACUCGAAAAGUACUCAAAGGCCUAUUGUUUUCUCAACAGCUCGCCAUUACUGCCAUUGAUCUUAAAGUCCAUAGUAUCGACCCCAACUCUCGGGAGCAAUCGAUCGCACAACUCUGGAAGGAAAUGAGUGAAAGCAUCGUUGGUGUCAAGUUGGAGGAUGGGCCCAAUGUUAAUCCUGCCUGUCAACUAUAUCAUAUCGCUAUGGGAUAUGAUGCAGGAUAUUAUGUUUACGCAUGGUCGGAGAUGCAUGCACAUGACCUCUAUACCCGCUUCAGGAAUACGCCGGAGAGCGAAACCAAGGCACUUGAUGAAGCGCUCGGGCGCGAGUAUUGGGAGAAAGUUUUAGUCCCUGGUGCGACUCUUGAACCAAUCGAGCUUUUAAGAAGUUUUUUGGGACGCGAGCCAAACCAACAGGCUUUUCAACGAUAUUUGACAGAACCAUAAGAACAAAAAAUAAUAAGCUAGCUUUUUAUUUUUUAGCAUAUUUCAAUGCGAAUAUUGAAAGAAUAGUUUUUGGGGCAAUUGGUAUAUUUUGCUAACUUGAUAGCGUUAAUCUUGCAGGCAUUUCUGGAGAUAUUUUCCAAAUAAUGCAACAUCCCUCAUUCAUUACGAGUUGCAUGCCUUUGGACUUAACUCAGAGUACCCUGCUCCUACUGAUUAACACCUUUCCCCCUCUCCUUACCAGUAGUGAAAUCUGAUUCAUAAUUCAGGAGAACCAGUCUGUGUCUUUUUAUAAAAUUUUGCUGUUAGUAGUUGCCCCUUACAACACCAAACCAAUUUGAGGUUUUGUGUGG